UCUCUGGUGGGAGAAUAUUUAGGGUACUGUCUGCUAUUUCUGGAUUUCCUCUUUCAUCCAGUAGCAGAUGGGAUCACAAAUAAAAAGGACGAUCUGCAGGAAAUUGGUGUGGCUGAAGGGCAGUGUGGUAGCGUCUCCGUGGAAGAAAUUGGAAGGGAUGUCCAAGGGGGCCUGGAGCAAGGUCAAGGUGAGAACAUCAAGAAGCCUCUUGGAAAGUGUCUGGGAAAGACAUCAAGGCACCAACUGGACUUUAACAUAGGUCAAAAGCACCCUGACGAGUGCAGGAGCAAGGAUGUGUGCCAGAAGAAAAAGCAGAAUCCACGCAGCGAGUGUGGGAAAACCUUUAAAAUAGAUUCCAGAGUCGUUAAACACCAGUGCAUGCACUCAUUGAAGAGCCCAUACAAAUGCUCUGUUGGUGCAGAGAGCAAGAAAUGGAGACCCCACCACAGUGGCCACCAGUGCAUUCCCACAGGAGAGAGUCCCUUCAAGUGCACUGAGUGUGGGAAGAGUUUCACAGACAGUGGGAGCCUCACUUCCCACCAGCGAAUCCACACAGGAAAGAGACCCUACAAGUGCUUUGAAUGUGGGAAGAGCUUGAAAAAGAAUUAUGAACUCACAAAACACCAACGUGUUCACACAGGAGAGAGACCAUAUAAGUGUCUUGAGUGUGGGAAGAGCUUCACAAGGAGUUCCAACCUGUUAGAACACCAUCGCAUCCACACAGGAGAGAGACCCUGUAAGUGUACUGAGUGUGGGAAGAGCUUCAGAAGCAGUGGGACCCUCAAAAAACACCAGCGUGUCCACACAGGAGAGAAACCCUACAAGUGCUCUGAGUGUGGGAAGGGCUUCAAAAGAAGUUCCCACCUCACCUACCACCAUCGCAUCCACACAGGAGAGAAACCCUUUAAGUGUCCUGAGUGUCAGAAGAGCUUCAAAAGCAGUUAUGAAUUGAAGCUCCACCAGCGCAUCCACACAGGAGCGAGACCAUAUGAGUGCUCUGAGUGUGGGAAGAGCUUCAAAAGCAGUUCUGAUUUGAAGCGCCACCAGCGCAUCCACACAGGAGAGAGACCCUACAAGUGCUCUGAGUGUGGGAAGAGCUUUAAGAGGAGUUCUGAAUUGAAGCAGCACCAGGAUGUCCACUCAGGAAAGAGACACUUUCGGUGUUCAGAGUGUGGGAAGAGCUUCAAAAACAGUUCUGAACUGAAGCUGCACCAGUACGUCCACUCAGGAGAGAGACCCUAUAAGUGUUCUGAGUGUGGGAAGAGCUUCAAAUGGAGUUCCACCUUCAGUUCCCACCAGCGCAUCCACACAGGAGAGAGACCC